GGACAUAAAAACCCGCGGCCGGAGCCUGCCCGCGUCUUUCGGCGCUAGCGGCACCAUGACCGCCAUCGUGGCGCCGGCACAGAGGCUGCUGGCACACCGGAGACCACAGAAAUCCUUCUUUGAGACGCUCAUCAGGAGCCUGAUCAUCUUGUGUGUGGCAAUAGCAGUGGUCUUGUCAUCCAUCUCUGUCUGCGAUGGCCGCUGGCUCUUCGCGAGGGGGCAGCUCUUCGGACUGUGGCACUUCUGCACCAUUAGCAACGGCAGCGUCCUGAAGUGCGUCACUGACCUCAGCCUGGCCAAGGUGGAGGGGCUGAGCAUGGGGGUGAUUCCUGUAAGGAGCAUGGUGUCCUUUGCCGUUGUGGUUGCUAUAUUUGGCCUGGAGCUGCUGAUGGUGUCCCAAGUCUGUGAGGAUGCCAGUGCAAGGCGGAAGUGGUCAAUGGGCUCAGUUCUCAUCCUUGCCUCAUUUUUGCUGUCAGCCACCGGUGUCCUGAGCUUCUCCAUCCUUGUGAAGGAUCACCUCACCUUCACGGGCUUCACACUGACAUACUGGUGCGAGUUCAUUGCUGCCUUUCUCUUCUUCCUCAACGGGAUCAGUGGACUUCACAUCAACAGCCUUACACACCCCGGUAACAGGGUAGGCAAAAUCUAGGUGCAAAGAGUGUACCUCCGCCUUUGUAUAAUCAGCUUUGCCAAUUAGACUGGAAAAAAGGGAGUCUGAUGAAGCUUGAAAAGGACACCCUGUCCUACGUUGUGUGCAAGGUGGGGAAGCAUGUGUCAGUCUUGAUGUCUGUAGAAGACUUACCCACCCGCUGGUCAGCAUGAAGGGCUGCACAACAGGAGCAAGGCAGACUGGGACUGGCUGCUGAGGUGCAGUUUCUGGAAGAGUGGAUUAAAAGAGGGUGUUCUGUCAAACAUGUGCAGGGGUAACAGACUGUGAUCUACACACAUGGGCUGUUUUGGGGCUUACACAAAGCCUAUACUCUUAUCGGUUUGGUCUUGCUGUGCUUUCCCCUGUACUCUGGAGCCUUUGAGUAGUGGUGUAACUUUGGUGUGCCUCCUGGCUUUGCUCUGGCUUGGGGACAGAUGAUUUGCGGCUGGUCACGCUCAGUGGCAUGGAGUAUUGAAAAUCUUAACUGGAUUUCACUCCUCCACUUCUAUUUCAAAAGAGAAGGCACACAGGUCUUGAUCUGGUUACUCGUUUUGUGUUCCUGCUGGCAUGUUCCCUGUAUCUGCCCUGUUUUUCUGGGACGCUUCUGACAGAGGCAUGGGAAGAUGUAGAUGUCCUGGGGCCAAGGGCAGGCUCUGGGUGUGAUGCAGGUGUUCAAGGAAGGAUUUUGAUGCAUUCCUUGGCAGCAGUGCAUGUUCCUGUGCUUACAGCCUCUACCCACUGUCACUGUUCCUCUGCCAUGCCUAUUGGAUGUGUGCCAAUAGGUCACCCAAACCGGCUCCCUCUGCCCUUGCAGAGUUCACUGUAAUGGACUGUUGCUCUUCCUGGUUUCCUUUUUGUCCCCUUGGGACAAAAGAGACAAAACUCUGCAGGGCUUUAGGUGGGCAUUGUGGCUGGGCAGACCACGCUAAGACCAUCAAACCUUCUGGGCUGUGCUUUGGUUUUCAGGGCUUCCUGCUCGGGCAAUGGGAAAUAUCAUCCCAGAGAUGAGCCUCCUGUAGUGUUUCUUGUGGGAGGUGAAAGCUCUAAAUCCUCCUGACCAAAGUCCCCCUCCUCCCCUGAGUAACAGUGGGACUGGGAGGAGAAGCAGCCCAUGAUUGCCUAAGGAGGGGCUGAUGGGGGCAGCUCUAACCUGUCACUGCUGAUGGAAAUACAAAGACUCUUGGUCAAAUUUACAUUAAGGCUGGUUCUCCUCCUGCCAAUGGCUGAAUCAAGAUCUGUGAAAUUGCUACAGCUUUGAAGUUCCCCAUGGUGUCUAGUGUAAAAAGAAGAUCUCAGCAGGAGACCUCAUGGUCUGGUUGCCCUACAUAUGUCCUCCUGUCCUGCAUACAGCACUCAGUUGCCCACAGGUAAUAAUGUCUUUAAAGUAUUUCAGGGUUUCUGGUUUAAUGCUUGGAUUGUAUCCACUGGUAUAGCUGCUUGUAUUUUUGUUUUAAGACAAAUGUUUCUGCAUGUUUCAUUGCUGUAGCUUGUCUGAUAGCUGUUGAGCAAGAUUUUCAUUUCCUGCGCAGCAAGUUUGACACAAUUUUUCACCUGAAACAAAAGCAUCACAGCACCGAGACCAAAAAAGCUGUGAAAGUGAGCCAUGAGUAAACAGAUUUGUCUUUGAAAGCUGAGAAUCUGAAGUCCUGCCUAAGCAUACAACCACACUUGCUGGAUGGGCUCCUGUGAACUUGCUUGCCUUCAUGAGGACAGUCUCCAUUCCUUCUCAGAUCUCCGUAACUUUUUAAGACAAUGCUCCUAUGCCUGUUUCACGAUGUAGUUUCAGACCAGGCUUGCUCUGGACGCUGCCGCUUGUGCUUUUGCAAAUGAAUCUGCUCUUCUUCCUGGUGAGAUAAUGCACAGAUCUGUGCUACCCAGCAGCUCCUGAAGCUCUUGCAAUGGCUGGGGCUCUGUCAGGAUUUCUUGACCUGCUCUCAAGGACAAGGACUUGUGCCCUUCACCUGCCUCUGGAAAACUGCACUGUGAUUGUGUUUCUGUGAAGGUGUUUUUGAUUUGUUGAAUUGCACUGUUCAGGACAUGCCAGUGGGCUGAAUUUGCAGAUGUUUGUGUGAACAGUGCUGCUGAAUUUAGCAGAGCCAGUUACCCCAGAGGGAGUCUGCAAAGUCUGGUCCCAAACUGUUGCACUUUGGAGUUACUAGAUGGUAGAGUGCCUUAACUAACCAAUUAACAGUUGUGGUGCCUAGGGGUUCCUAUGCCAGGCAAGACAGUUCACCUACAAAAGGUUAAGGGUGUCCAUGGCUUGUCUAGAAAAGUGGGUGUAACUUCGGAGUGCCUUCUUGCUGACAUCCAAAACUGGAAAUCAAUUCUACAUGUGCUAGUGAGAGGAUGCGCCCCCAGCCCUUUCCCUGGGUGAAGGCAGUAGCCAAACUCUGCCCCAGUCUGGUGCCUCCCACGCUGGUUAGAGGGAAGCAGUGACAAUUGGCCAUUGAGUUCACCCAAGACUUGGUGCAAUUGUGAAUGAUUUCAGGAUGCCCUCUGCUAGCUGAAGAAGAGGCCUUUUGUUAGGGGUAGGGAAUCCUCUAGGGAAAAUACAGUAACUUUUUUCCAACUGUUUUUGUAUAGUACGGCUUGACUUACUAAUGCUGGGAGAAGAUCUGUUUUGAUGGCUAAAUUCAUUGUCUCAGAUAUAUCCUUUUACACAGCAACCUGUGCAGUAAUGGGUAACUGUUCAUUUUCUGAAGCCUGUGGAAGCGUCAAGCAGUAUUCCUGAAGUUUGUUAAAUAAAUUUCUUUGAAAUAACA